AUAGGAAGACUCUGUCUCAAAACAAAACAAAAGACAGAAAACUUAGAUGUUAUGAUCUUCUGUCCCUGGGUUCUUCUGCUUUGUCAGGUAUCAGCACCCAUUCUUUCUCAUGACCAAACAAUACUCUAUUAUAUGGAAAGCAUAUUUUAUCUUCUCACUGCUCAGUGCCUACAGCAUUUUACAUUUCUAUCAUCAGGAAAUGAGAGUCCCGAUUUGUCUACAUCCGUGGGACAUGCCAACACAUGUCUCACCAGCUAUCCUGAUACAUGUUGAGUACUUCCUAAGACUGAUAUGUGGCAUCUCUCCACCUGUUGUUUGUUUGUUUGUUUUGUUUUGUUUUUUCUCCCUCCUUCUCCUUGUGAAGUGUUGGCUCAUUUUGCACUUUGAAAAUCUAUCGGUUAAAACUGGGCUUUGGGGGCUCUUUAAGUAAGUUCUCUGUCAGAUGUAUUUCACAUGCUUCCUCCCAACAUAUGGUCUACUUUUCUGUUUUCUUCUUGUGUCUUGCAAAGAGGAAAAAAAUGUUUUCAUUUUGGUGCUAGUCCAGUUUAUUUUGUUAUUUUUUCUUGAUUUGCAAUUUUGAUGUUCUGGCUAUCCUAUCUUUUUUUCUUGCUCCAAGACUGUGAAAAUUCUGUAACGUGUUUUCUUCUGUGAGUUUUAGACUUUUAGCUUGUGUAGUUCUGUGAUGCAGUCUGAGUUCAUUUAUUGGUGUGGAGGGAUUUGAAAGUUGGCUUUUUGUUGUUUUUUUUUUUUUCUGUAUAUUACAUCCAGUUGUUUCAGCAUUAUCUGUUCCCAUUCCCUCCUGAAUUUCCUGGACAUUGGAGGAUAGCAUGUGCAUUGAUUUAUUUUCAGAUGAAAGCAAGGAUGCCCAGAAUGAUCCUGUUUUGAUUUAUGGCCCCUUGUUUGAGAAAAUGAAGUUGAUGGAUGACUGAUUAUGAAGAAAAUGUCUGCCCGUUAUUCCCUAGUGGAGAACUCCAGCCUGUUGGGGAAUACAGGAUUGAAGAAGAAGAAGAAGAAGAAGAAGAAGAAGAAGAAGAAGAAGAAGAAGAAGAAGAAGAAGAAGAAGAAGAAGAAGAAGAAAGACACUUCGCAGCCUUCUUUUAGCUAUGGUUCCCUGCUGGCUGUUACUCUUGGAGAGACACACCCCCCCCCCGCCACACACACACACCAUCAGUGAAUACAGGAGAGAUGAGCUGAUGGAAGAUGGCUGGGCUGAUGUGGAGCUGGAGGAACUGGGCCUCAGCUUGUUUCUUCCUGCUUUGAGAACCUGUCUCUAGAACAGGCAGAGACCAGGUGCUGUGAGUGGUGUGGGAAUGAUACUUUCACAGCUUCUUGCAGAUCCAAUAAACCACAAGAUCCUA